GCGAACGGCCGGCGCGCGGAGGGUGCGGCCGCGGGCCGAGCUCGGCCGCUGUCGCCGCUGUCGCCGUCGCCGUCGCCGCUGUCGCUGCUGUCGCCGGAGCCCGCGCCCCGCCAUGGGCCCGCCGGCCGGAGCCGCGCUGGGGCUGCUGCUGCUGCUGCUGCCGCCGCCGUCCCGCCCCGCGGACACGACGCCCACGCGCUGCCAGACGUGCCGGGCGCUGGUGGACAAGUUCGGCCAGGGCUUGGCCAGAACAGCCAACAAGAAUUUCGGCGGCGGGAACACGGCGUGGGAGGAGAAGACCCUCUCCAAGUACGAGUUCAGCGAGGUCCGCCUGCUGGAGAUCCUGGAGGGGCUGUGCGGGUCCAGCGACUUCGAGUGCAACGCCAUGCUGGAGGAGAACGAGGAGCAGCUGGAGCGCUGGUGGCUGCGGCUGCAGAAGCAGCACCCCGACCUGCUGGAGUGGUUCUGUGUGCAAACGCUGAGGGUCUGCUGCUCCCCAGGAACCUACGGGCCGCUCUGCCAGGAGUGCCCCGGGGGCGCCCAGAGGCCCUGCAGCGGGAACGGCCGCUGCAGCGGGGACGGCAGCCGCCAGGGGGACGGGUCCUGCCAGUGCCACGUGGGCUACACGGGGGAGCUCUGCCUCGACUGCAUCGACGGCUACUUCAGCUCCCUGCGGAACCGGACGCACAGCGUCUGCACAGGCUGUGACGAAUCGUGUAAGACCUGCACGGGCCCCAGCAACCGGGACUGCGGCCAGUGUGAAGUGGGCUGGGAGCGCCGGGACCAAGCCUGCCUGGACGUGGACGAGUGUGCGGCCGAGACGCCCCCGUGCAACCAGAGCCAGUACUGCGAGAACGUCAGCGGGUCCUACACGUGCGAAGACUGUGACCCCGCCUGUGUGGGCUGCACGGGGCGGGGCCCCGAGCACUGUCUCGAGUGCGUCUCCGGCUACGCCAAGGAGGGCGGCAAGUGCACAGACGUGGACGAGUGCUCGCUGGCGGAGAAGGCUUGUCGCCGGAAGGACGAGAACUGCUACAACACCCCCGGGAGCUUCGUCUGCGUGUGCCCGGAAGGCUUCGAGGACACGGAGGAUGCCUGCGUGCCCACCCCUGGGGCGGCGGCGGCAGCGGCAGAAACCCCAGGAGAGAGCCCGCCCCCGCCAGCCCCCCGGGAAGAGCUGUGACCGCCCGUCCCCUAAGUUAUUGCCUGGGCUGGGAAGCCGCCUCCGCCCGCGACAUCUCCUGCCCGCCCGCGCCCGGCCAUCCGGCAGAUCGUCUAUUUUGAUACUGU